AUGGAAAAUCAUCGUUCGAAGCAACAACUCAAGCGAGUUGAACAAACUGAAGCUUCAAGUCCGACCACGUCAAAGCGACCAAGACAAGAAGAAAUGUUUGGAUUACAGUUGGAGGAGCGCACGAGCGGAUCGCCUCUUCUUCUUCCCUCUUCAGACUCAUCGGAGAAGAUCAAUGUGCCUACGGCAUCCAGAGCAGAUUCUGACCCAUCUGCUUCGUUCAUUUCUGGGAAUGGAAACAAUUAUCACGUAUUCUUGAGCUUUAGAGGACCUGAUACUCGCAAUGGCUUUGUCGAUCACCUUUACCUUAGACUCAGAGAUGUGGGCCUGAGGUUCCAUCCAAACUUCGUGUUUAGAGAUGAUAAGGACCUCCCCUUUGGCGACGACAUUGCUGCAAAUCUUACAAGUGCAAUCAAGCACUCUAAGGUUUCAAUCCCAGUCAUCUCGGAAAAUUAUGCUGCUAGCGAAUGGUGCCUCCAUGAGCUCAUUCGUAUAAUGGAGUGCAAGGAAAGUAAAGGACAAAUAGUCUUGCCUGUGCUUUACAAGGUGAAACCCAAGGAUGUGCGAUCCCUUGGGGGGAGCUUUGGAGAGGCCUUCCAAUCUCAGGAGCAUCAUUUUGAUGAGGAGGUCAAGCAACAAGGGCCAGUAGCUCUCAGAAAAGCACUUGAUCUUAGAGUAUUCGAAUCAGAGAAAUAUGCUUAUGGGCAUGAAGGGGAAUUAGUAAAUGAGCUAGUAGAAUUGGUAAUGCGUGAGCGGCAAAAAGAUUUUCAACCACGACUUCCCAUGAACUUGGUUGGAAUCCAUGAUCAUGUGGCUAAGGAGGAAAAUGAAUAUAUUGAGGCACUACGCUUGGACGAAAAUGGCUCAAGCAAGUUCAUGGAGCAAGAGAGCUUUACAAGGAUGCCCAACCUGAAGUUCCUUCAUAUGAGUGCAGUAGAUUUUGCUGGAGAUUUCAAGGGAUCACUUUCUGAAUUAAGAUGGCUAAAGUGGGAGAGAUGUCCCAGCUCUUUCGAGGCGACUAAUGUUCAUUUGGAGAAAUUACUGUUACUUGAUUUAUCAUGUGGUUAUAUUGGUGAUAAUUGGGGGGGAUGGAGUUCAAUCAAGAUGGAGAGGUUGAAAAUUCUCAAUCUUUCGUGGUGCUCAAAUUUAAAGAGAACACCUAAUCUCUCUGAGUUUAAGAGUUUAGAGAUGUUAAUCUUGGAAUAUUGUGAAAAUUUGGAGGAAAUCGACCCUUCCAUUGGAGAUGUCAAGUGUCUCAUUGCCUUGAGCUUGAGGUGCUGUGGGAGUCUCAAGAAGUUACCGGCACAAUUGGGAGAAGUGAAGGGCCUCGUUUCUUUGGACUUGUGGGCAUGUGAGAAUCUCCAAGAGCUACCAAGAGAAAUGGGUACAUUGGAAAACCUUAAGGAACUUAAAAUAGGUUGGACUGCCAUAAAGGAAAUACCUCCGUGUCACAAUUUGAAGAAGCUAGAGAUGAUUGAUGCCUAUGGUUGCAAAUCAUUAAUUGGACUUCCUGACUCGAUUAGCCAUUUGGAAAAUUUGUUGACUCUUGACUUGAGACGUUGCUUCAAGUCUUAUAAACUUCCAGAUAACAUCGGAUCUCUUGUGAAAUUGCAGCGCUUGUCACUAGGCGGAAAGAGUUAUCCAUAUGGUAUUGAAGAUGGCCGAGUUGAUUAUUGCAUCUAUCAUGUCCCCAAUUCAAUUGGGAAGUUGGAAUGUUUGACUGAAUUGAACUUAUCGGAUACAGGCAUUCGGGAAUUACCUAAAUCCAUUGGGAAUCUGAAAAACUUGAGAAUUUUGAAUAUUGAUGGAAGUCAGGAUUUGAGUAAUUUACCUAGCACUAUUAGCAAGUUGGGCAAACUUGAAGAAUUACGUGCCUCCCGCUGCGGAAGUCUGGGAGGGAAAAUUCCAAUAGAUGAGUUGUGUUCACUGAAGAUCCUUCAAUUAUAUAAGACUCGCAUUUCUGGCUUUCCCGACACACUUGACAAGCUCUCUCGUCUUGAAAAACUUGAUUUAAAGGGCUGCAAGAUGCUUCAAUUGCUGCCGCAAGGCAUUAGUAAGUUGCCUUCUUUGCAAUACCUUCAGUUAACUCACUGUGACAAACUUCAAUUGUUGCCGAAGCUUCCCGCCUGUUUGACAAUUCUGGGAGUCACUUGUCAGCAUCACAUAUUACCUCAACUUUCUCAUCUAAUCCAUCUAAAAGAGCUCACCGUUGAGGACUGUCGAUUGCUGGAAUCCGUGCCAGAACUUCCCUCAGGAAUAUUGAAGCUUCACGUCUGCAGGUGCAAUAAGUUGAAAGUGUUGCCAAAUCUGUCAAGUUUGGAAUUCUUGUCGGAAUUAGUUCUUGAAAGGUGCUGUGAGUUGACAGAAAUCAAGGGUCUGGAAGCAUUAAAAUCCUUAGCAAAACUAAAUGUAUCUGGAUGCAAGAAGUUAUCAAACCUUGACGGCCUUGAACAUCUCGAAUCUUUGAGAUACUUGGAUAUGGGUUGGUUCCCCAAGGGGGAUGCUCCACUAGUGAAUGACGAUCUAGUUCAAAUUAGAGGCCUUGAUAGAUUGAAAAAUUUGGAAGAGCUGUAUUUAUGGGGCUGUGAGUCCCUUCUAAGACCGAACCUUUUGCAGUUAACGCAUCUGAGGCGUUUAAUCGUUAGUGAAUGCCACAAUCUAGUUGAAAUUAGGGGGCUCGAGAGAUUAAUAAACUUGGAAGAAUUGGAUAUCCAAGGGUGCAAAUCCAUUGAAACAUUGCCAGACCUCUCGUGCUUCGAUAACCUGAAAAGAUUGUUCAUUGGGCAGUGUUGGAAGCUUCGUAAUAUUGAGGGCUUGGAGAAAAUCGCAUAUAGAAUUACGUGCAUCGCCACGUUGGAAGCUCAAGGCAAUUGGAACUUCAAUGGGGAUUGGGAUCGACCUUUCACUAGCCACCCAAAGAGAGCGCCUGAAUUGGGGGAGGUGGUCACCAUAAAUGCUGGGAGACCUUACUGUGUUAUGGGCGUUAUAUCUGCUGAUGGGAAGAGACUCGAUCACAAGAACAUGAUGAAGGCCGAGUACCAUAAUUUCAAAAAGGACAGCUUCCGCAAUGGGUUUGUUUCUGUCCUUAAGAAAGACGGUGCCGCAGAGGACAGUGGUUGGAUUGUCUCUUGGAUAAAUAAGGAAGAAAGAGUUGUGUCCCAGAAGUUUGAAGGCGAGCCAGUAGCCAAAAUCGCUCUGCCUCAAAGGGCACCCCAUGGAUUCCUUGUUACCUUCGUCCUGAUAACGAAUUGA